AUGCCUCCCACAAGACGCCGACGAACUCGGACGGGCUGUUUGACCUGUCGCGCCCGUAAGAUCAAAUGCGACGAGGCUGCCGCCAUCUGUACCCAGUGCUUGCGCUCAGACUUGCAAUGCCGUCGAUCUAGGAAUGAAAGCCUGUCCGAGUCCACUCGCUCGCGGUUGGCUUUUACAGCAAAGAACAAUGACCAGCGACUCACCCAAGCCGGGACAAGGCGUCAACGUGUUCAACGCUCCUGCGUGUCCUGCAAGUUGGUUAAGAAGCGCUGUGACGGGGAGCGGCCUCUUUGCGGUAGAUGCCUGAAGAAUAAUCAACAUUGCGUCUAUGACGAGAAUAACCCGCCCAGCGACACCGGGAAUUCGAUAGCCGAAGAUGAACAACAGGUUACCUCGAGCCUCUCACGUCCCUCCUUUCUAUCGCCCCCGGCAACGACAGUGGACUUCCCUGACAGGAUCAUCGCUCGAGAUCUAUGCAAAACCUUCUUUGAUGAGAUUGCCCCCUUGCGCUGCCUAGGCUUCCUCCACCGACACAUCUUCCUUCAACACGUGCAAAACUGCGAGGAUGGCCGGGAACCGCUCUUGCUCUCCGUGUGCGCCCUUGCCACCAAGUCAAUCAAGCACCGUGAACUAUGGGAGAUCGGCUGCAGAUGGGCUCGCAUCGCACAGGGGCUCGUCCUAGCCGAAGUCCAGGACAUCAGCGUGCACAGGCUGAUGUGCAUAGUGCUUCUCCACGAGCACGCCGCACGCACCAGCGAGCACCGGCUCUGUUUCAUCCUGUCUGGCUUAGCAUCUCGUUAUACGCAGGCCCUCAGCCUCAACCUCGAGUAUGACCACGAUGUCCUGUCCACCACUGGUCUCCUGUCUCCAGUGGAGCGAGAAUCCAGGAGACGGCUGAUGUGGGCUUGUUACAUCAUGGACACAAUGGUGGCCUGCGGUCUGAACCAUCUCCAGACGAUUGACACUACCACCAUCCAGAUACAACUUCCCUGUGAUGAUAGGUACUUUCUGUACAAGGUGGCUCGCAUCACCGCCAAGGUGCCUGUGUGUUUCGAGUCUGCGCCCAACAGGGAAGCCCCGAUAUCAACCGAGAACCAAGACACACACGCAUUCCUUGUCCGUCUGUUUCUCAUACGCGACCGUAUCCUGAGAUAUGUUGACGACCAUACAGACGAAGAAGAUCCAUGGAGGUUGAUGGGUCCCCUGGCCGACUUGGAGCACUGGAAGGAGUCGCUGCCGCCUGAGCUGCAGUUCAAUUACGACGUCAUUGUAAUACGCAAGGAGCAGUCAAUGCUUUCGGCUCUCAUCUCCCUGCACGUGCAGUAUCACCAAAUUAACUGCCUUCUAUAUCGAUGUACAAUCCCCAGCAUGCUCUUCCCCGCAAGAGCACAUACCGGACUAUCAAGGAAAGCCUCUAUUGAGUUCUUAUCAGAUAGCCGACGUGGAUGGUUUGAUCAUGCGUGCGCCAUGUCCGCCAUUUUCAAGGUGGCUCUAGAGCAGAAACCCGAGUCCAUGGAAGACCCAGCCGUGGGCUUCUCAACAUACAAUGCCAUAAUUAUCAAAUUCCUCUAUCUCACAAACUUUGUACCCCCAGGGGAAAGACUUCUGAGAAUGGAGAGUAUCUUACCACUGGUUGAUAUCGACCUGCAGUUUUUACGGGAACUUCACGAGUACCACCCUUCCGUACGCUCUACGUGCCUGGCUGCAGAGCGCUUAGUCGACGAGGCCAAGGUGAAGAUCUCCCAGGAUCCGACUAUCACGUUAUCUGAAUCAGGCAAUCUUGUUGGUGUCUUUAGCUUCCCUACAGACUCCAUCUCCCUGGACCAUCGCACAAACCAACUAUCUACGAUUGCGCAAAUAAGGAAAAACCUGCCAGAGAUGCAUGCUCCCGACUUGGCAUCUGUCCCAUUGGGCUGUGGCACACAAUCACCUGAAGAGCCCGGGAGGCUCUGGCUAUGGAUCGAUCAGGGAGCGUAA